AUGUCACCACCAGCUAGCUCAGGAAAACAAAAGGAGUCAGGACUUGCUCGUUUAUUAGGUUCUGGAACUUCAGGAAUAUUAGAAUUAUUUAUAUUUCAUCCUGUUGAUACUAUUGCAAAACGUUUAAUGACUAAUCAACAAAAAGUUUUUGUACCUGGUGCACCAUUAUCCCAGAGUUUUAAUAAUUUAGGGGAAGCCAUAUUUAAAGAUAAGCAUUCUGCAACUUUUUUCCGUAAAUACACAUCAUUAUUUCCAGGGCUAGGUUAUGCAGGUGGAUACAAAGUACUUCAAAGGAUCUAUAAAUAUGGUGGUCAACCAUAUGUAAAAGAUUAUAUCAACAAAAAUCAUAAAGAUGCAUUCUAUAAAUUAUUUGGUGAAAAAAGUGGUAAGACUAUAAUACAUGCCACUGCUGGAAGUUUAAUUGGCAUUGGAGAAGUGGCACUUUUACCAUUGGAUGUAUUGAAAAUUAAACGUCAAACAAAUCCUGAUACAUUAAAAAAUAGAAAUAUUUUCAAAAUUUUUUGGGAUGAAGGGUUUGGACUUUAUAGAGGUGGUCUUUGGACAGCAGCACGUAAUGCACCAGGAAGUUUUGCAUUAUUUGGUGGAUCAGCUUUUGUUAAAGAAUAUUUGUUUGGAUUAAAAGAUUACUCUAAAGCAACAUUUCUUCAAAAUUUCUGUGCAUCAAUUGGUGGUGCUAUAGCUUCUAUCAGUGUGGCUCAACCACUUGAUGUAGUUAAAACACGUAUCCAAAAUAGACCUUUUGAUUCACCUGAAACUGGGACACAAAUUAUUCGCAAAAUGAUACUCAAAGAAGCAAUAAAAUGUUGUUGGGAUAGAAAGAUGAUGAAUUCAAAGUAUGUGUUCAGAGGUGGUCUUUGGACAGCAGCACGUAAUGCACCAGGAAGUUUUGCAUUAUUUGGUGGAUCAGCUUUUGUUAAAGAAUAUUUGUUUGGAUUAAAAGAUUACUCUAAAGCAACAUUUCUUCAAAAUUUCUGUGCAUCAAUUGGUGGUGCUAUAGCUUCUAUCAGUGUGGCUCAACCACUUGAUGUAGUUAAAACACGUAUCCAAAAUAGACCUUUUGAUUCACCUGAAACUGGGACACAAAUUAUUCGCAAAAUGAUACUCAAAGAAGGAGUGACACCUAAAUUAAUUGUUGUUGGUCCUAAAUUGGUUUUCUCUUUCACAAUUGCACAACAAUUAAUUCCUAUUUUAAACAAUUUCUUUGUAUCUAAAGGAAUAGUCAAGCCAAAUCCUCUAUAA